AUUUCAGUGUACCAUCGCAGAGGGGUGUUACAGACACCGCUAAUGUAAGAUCAUUGCUAAACAUGGAUGGACUCUUGCUGUGAUGCUUCCUUCCUUAUAUCAUCUAGCUGAGGAAGGCAAGCUAUACGAAAGGACAGCUACAAUCAAGAUCCUUGGGGGAAUCAGAUGGAUCUUUGCCGUGGCGUACCCUAAGAUCAUAUUUCAGUGUACCAUCGCAGAGGGGUGUUACAGACACCGUCAAUGUACGAGCAUUGCUAAACAUUGAUGACGCUCGCGAAGCGUGGCGCAAGACAGGCCUGGGAGUAAGUUGGCGU